AUGGGCAGGCUCGUCCGGACGAUGGGUUCCUUGCCCCGCGAGUCUGUCGUGACCGGGCCUAGGGCUCCGGUGCCGACUGCGCCGCUCACCAAGCACAUGGACAGCCUGACGGGACGGGACGUCACGGCCCUGGUCUACUCAGACGAGAGCGGCAGCACCCGUGUGAGCUAUGCGGAGUUGCAGGCGCGCACAAACGCAAUGGGCAGGGCGAUCGCCGCCCACGCCAGGCCAGUCGGGCCUAACAGAGACGGGGACUACGUGGUCGCAGUGUGCAUGGAGCCUUCACACAGCACCGUCAUGGCCUUGCUGGCGAUUUGGAAGGCCAGCGCUGCGUACGUUCCCAUGGACCCCAGCUUCCCCCAAGCGAGGAUCACACACAUACUGCGCGAUGCCGAACCGUCUCUCAUAAUAUAUGACAACACUGCGAACCCCGCCAUGUUCUCCUGCAGCGGAGUCCCGGCAGUUUCCUUCGAGGAGUUGACGUCGGAAGCUGGCGGGCUGGCUGGCGACAAGCCCAGCGACGUUGAGGUGCUGGUUCCACCGUCUGCUGAUAGCAUCGCGAUCGUCCUAUACACUUCAGGCAGCACAGGCAUACCGAAAGGCGUCCGUCUUCCCUACUCGGCUAUCUGCAACCGGCUCUGGUGGCAGUUCCGCACCUUCCCCUACUCCGGCAACGAGAGGGUAUGCGUGUGGAAGACCGCGCUGACCUUCGUGGACUCCGUGUGCGAGAUAUGGGGGCCCCUCUUGCACGGACGGACCCUGCUCAUCCUCUCGAGGGAGACGACCAGGGACCCGCAGAAAUUGGUUCGGACCCUAGCGGAAAACGAGGUACAAAGACUGGUGCUGGUGCCUACACUGCUCCGUUCUAUUCUGAUGUACCUCUCUUUGAACCGCACGGAGAGACCGCUACAGUUGCUAAAGCUUUGGGUCUGCUCCGGCGAGACGCUAAGCAAGGAGCUGGCGUCGCAGUUCUUCCAGUACUUCGGAGACAACGAAGGCUACCGGCUGGCGAACUUCUACGGAAGCACAGAGGUCAUGGGCGACGUCACGUACUACGUUCUAGAAAGAUCCGAGCAACUCGACGCACAUCCGACCAUCCCGAUCGGGAAUCCCGUGGACAACUGUGCAGUUUAUCUGUUGGACGCGGAUAUGAACCCGGCGCGCGAGGCGGAGCCGGGCGAAGUGUGGGUGGCGGGGCGCAACCUCGCCUCCGGGUACGUCGGCGGUCAGGCCCCGGAGAAGUUCUGCGACAACCCGCACGCAUCGCAUCCAGAUCUCGCCAAGCUGUAUCGCACUGGCGAUUUCGGAGUGCUCCACAAGGGCACGGUGCUGUACGCCGGCCGGACCGACUCGCAAAUCAAAAUCAGAGGUCACAGAGUCGACUUGCAGGAGGUGGAGAGAGCCGUGUCGGCCGUGGAGGGGAUCGAAAAAGGCGUGGUGCUGUGCUACGGACUUGAGCGCGGCAGCCCAGAAAUUCUUGCCUUCGUCACUAUACAACCGGGAGCGAGGAUGGCAUCGCACCAUAUCGAGGCCACAUUGAAGAACUCACUCACACACUACAUGUUGCCACAGGUGAUCGUUAUUGAGAGCAUUCCGCUGCUGGUCAACGGAAAAGUUGACAGGCAGGCGCUGCUGAAAAUGUACGAGAACACAAAUAAUAAUGACGACGCAGAAAUAUCUUUAGAUAUAGAUUACACGGGAGUCGAACCUGAGAAUUUGGAGGCGGCGAAAGUGCUGUUCGAAACAGUUGGCGAGGUCCUUGGGAGGUCUGCAAGAGGUACCUUAUCUGUGAGGGCCGGUUUCUACGAGCUUGGGGGGAAUUCCCUUAACUCUAUAUACACGAUUACUAGGUUGAGAGAUAAAGGAUAUUACAUUGACAUCAGCGACUUCCUCGGGGCUGCGAACCUUGGAGAUGUGCUGGCCCACAUGAGCUCGGGGCCCGACCAGAUCUCAGAAAGCCAGGAGUACAGGUUCAAGGCCGUUCCGAUGAGGGAAGACCACAAGCAGCAAGUUAUCGAUAUGAUCGUGACAUCGUUCUAUGAGAAGGCUGAACUCGAGCAGUUCCUGAAGAACGAAAUCGAGACCGAAGACUACGCGCAUUGCGUGCGCACCUGCUGGGCCGCCCUGCUGCAGGCGAGGCUCAGCGUGGUGCUGGAGGACGCCUCUGGCAAUCCAGUCGCGGUAGCGCUGAACUUUGACGCAAGGGACGAGCCCGAGAUAGAACUGAAGGGAGGACUCGCGAAAAUCAUGGGCUUCCUGGAGUUCGUUGAGAGCUCUGUAAGGGACACCAUGCUUCCCGAGGGCAAGGGAACAAUCCUCCACUCCUUCAUGAUGGCCACAGCGUCCUCUCUGAGUCCGAGGGACAAUGUAGCAUCGAUACGCGCGUUGGAACACGCCACCAUGAGGAUAGCACGCGACAGGCGGUUCCACGGAGUCUUCACUACCAACACAAGUCCGCUGACGCAGCAACUUGGCACUGAUGUGCUGGGUUUCCAGACUUUGCUGGACUACCAAAUCAACCAGUACGUAGACACCAAUGGCGACAGGAUCUUCGGCAAAGCGCCUGAUGACAUGCGGGCUAUCGUGUGCUGGAAACCUACUGAA